UUGGCUGCACUUCUUGCACUAGUUCAGAAAAGUGCCGUGCAAGUGCAGCGCCAGUUCUUGAAGUGUGAGUGUAGCGCGACACUAGCGCUUUCGGUGCAGCGGUCAAAUCGAGGACAAAAGUGCAGAAACGUACAGGCCUUCGUCUGCUGCGGCUGUGACUUUUCUUUUGUUGGUGUGUGCCGCGAGCGUGUGCGUUCAAACGUGUGCGCAAUUAUUACUAGUUGUAAGAACACGGAUACGCUGUGCAUUUGUUCCAAAUGGCGUCUUUGUUGGCAACGGCUAUGGAACUCGUUGACUCCGACAGUGACGAGGAAUUCGAGACAGCUCUUUCCGUUGCGUUGUGCAAAGUGGCACGGGUCGACCGUCACCGAAUCAACGGGUACUUUGAGAAGGUGACAACUGAAUACUUGGACUUUGAAUUCAAAAUGCUGUUUCGGCUGUCGCGUGAGACUUUUGACAGUCUGUGCACGCGGUUCAGGUUGUCGCCAUUCUACCCGAAAAGUGUCUCUGGCCGUCCGCAGAUCACAGCAGAAAAGACUUGCCUCAUAACUUUGAGCUACCUUGGUGCACAAACAAGCAUGUACUCGGUGGCAGAUAGAUUCGACGUUUCUGAAUCAUCAGUUGUGCUGUGCAUGCAGAGAGUGCUCAAUUUUCUGCAGGCGAUCAGCGCUGAAGUGAUAUGCUGGCCUAGCGCUGCCGACAUGGCCCGCAGCAAAAUGGCCUUCCUGAUAAAAAGCGGCGGGAAAGGCCCCCGCAACACCGUGGGAUGCAUUGAUGGGAGCCACAUCGAGAUUCUGAAGCCGGACGACUCCACUGCAUCAUACAUAAACAGGAAGAAGUGGGCGUCUAUAAUCCUCCAAGCAGUUUGCAACGACCAGAACAGAUUUUUCGAUGUCUUCAUUGGCUUCCCUGGUUCUGCGCAUGACGCCCGGGUGUUGAGAGAAAGCACCUUCUUUGAAGAGGCUGCAGCCAAGUGCGGUGACUUUUAUAUACUUGGAGAUUCAGCAUACCCCUUGCUGCCUUGGCUUAUGACGCCAUACAAAGACAACGGCUCCAGCUUUCCAACAUGGAAGAAAAAAUUCAACAAGUUUCACAGUCAGCAAAGGGUGGCCAUUGAGAACUGCUUUGGCCUAUUGAAGCAACGCUUCAGAAGGCUGUAUCUUGUUGAUGCCAAGACAAUUAUGCAGGGUUGUCUCAUUGUUAUGGGAGCAUGUGUACUUCACAACAUGUGCAAUUCUGAAAGAGAUUUUAUUGCAGAACUUGCAGACCUGCCCCCUCACGACGACGUUGGCAAUGAUAAUGAGCCAAGCGAAUGCGACACAUCCACAUCGCAAUGUGAAAGCCGAAGGCGACACAUUGCCCAACAUCAAUGCUGAAGUGCACAUGGGAAUAACGUGAAAACAAACUGCCGGUGUAGGCGUACUUAUUUAUUGCCUUCAGCAGCGCGUACAAGACGUUCAAGUAGUUGCAUUUUUUCGUCGUGCUGCUUCUGUUUCGCAGCGAUCGCUUCCUGUAAAACACUUAUCAGGCUGCCAAUUGACGAGCCUCUGUGGCGGCCACCACCACGACCUCUCCUGGGUUCAACUUGACUUCUGCGGGGUGCUUGUAGCUCCUCGGCUGGUGCCUCGUCGACUGGUGCCUCCUCAGCUGGGUCA